AUGACUUGCUCUUCAAACCGGUGGUCUUGGGUAAGUUUUGAUUCAUUCUAUCCAGAGUUACACACAUGUUUUUCACUGAAUUGUUUUAUUGAUAAUAUAGUUUGUGGACACACCUUCUCGUUCUGGAGUAUUGCUGAGCAUAUGAGCAUCUUAGUUGACACUCUAUGCCCCUUGUGCAAGACGCAGUUUGCACAUUUUCCAAAAAUAUGUGAGACUUAUCAUACUUUGGUUAAGAAAUUGAAACCAGCGGAGUAUGCAAGAGUUGAAGCGGAAUUUUUAGAACAAGAGAGAAGCUUGGGGAGAUCAUCUCCACCAGUUGAUGUUGGUUUGCAGGAUGAGCUUUGUUUUGAGUGUAACAAGCUACUAUACAAGCCAUCAGUCUUAAAUUGUGGACACGUUUGUUGCAAAAGCUGCUUGCCAUCUAGUGAUGGGCUAUUGGCAUGCAAGCGUUGCGGAAGUGUUCAUCCAGGGAAGUUUCCCUCUGUGUGCAUUUCUCUGGAUGAGAUCAUCCAAGAGUUCUUCCCGCGGGAGUACGCUGCAAGGGCUGAGGCUGUUGGACUAAGUUUUGAGCCUUUAUCAUCGGGUAGUUCGCUCAACAAUGAUAGCAGAAGCAUGCCUCACAGGGUUGGCAAUGUGCACGUUGGUGUUGGAUGUGACAAUUGUGGAGCAGAACCGAUUCGAGGUAACAGGUAUAGCUGCAUGGACUGUGCGGUGGGUUACGAUCUUUGUGAAGACUGCCAUUCAAAGGGGUCAACAUGCGGGGGGCGAUUUAACCAGCAACACCUGCCUGGCCAUAGAAUGGAAGCUAACAAUACACUGCUCCUGAAAAAUGUUAUGGACUACAACAGUAUCACAGAUAAUGAGCUAUGGAACGACAAUGAGCAGCCUCAGCCAGGGGGUGAGGAGCAUGAUGAGGAUAAUGGGGUGGAGGAAUAUGCGGAAGAUGAGGAAUAUGAGGAAGAUGAGGAGGAUGUUGAGGAUGUCGAUGAGGAACGUACAACCUGCAGAAUUGUGUAA